UAUCACUUCUGGAUUUCAACAUAGACUCGGUCGUCACGAGAGAUAUCGCUGGGAAAAGUCCGGUUAUGCCCUGGCGAUGUUAUUACAGAAUACCGAUUAUGAUUACGCAGCGCAAGUCAAUAUUCUUGACCUUUUCGCACGCACAGUCUCAGACAACUUAGGUGUCGUCAACAAUCUAGGUGAAUGCUGGAAAAGCUACAUGACCGAUGGCAACAACAUAGAACUGAGCUGGGAUUGGCACACGGGCAUCGAGAAGCCGGCCGUGCGAUUUUCUAUCGACCCCAUCGGCAUGGGUGCCGGAAUGACUAGCGACCCACGCAAUGGGAUGGCCACAGCCAAAUCCAAAGAGUCAAUAUUGCAGGCGUUACCAAAUAUUGACAUGAGUUGGUUCAAUCAUUUUGAAACAUUCUUCCGCGGCGAGACGGAGAGUACUUUCAUUGGUCUUGAGUCCAGAAAGAAGUGUGACUUAGCCGAAUGUCAUGCAUCAAAGGUGUUCUGGACCUUUGACCUGGGCGAAAAGGACAUCACAAGCAAAGCUUAUUUCUUUCCGGGGUACAGGGCCCGUGCCAUGAACAGGAGCAACCUGCAAGUCAUUAGCGAAGCUAUCAUUUCGGCGCCAUCAUGUACCCCUGAAAGACUAGAUGCGUUGACCAUGUUUUCUAAGUUCGUGCAUGAACACGAACGGAUGGGACGGUCGCCCUUGAGGCUUGACAUGCUAGCUGUCGAUAUGGUGGAAUCCUCUAGCGCUCGCCUCAAGAUCUACUUCUAUAGUCGCCGGACAGAUUUCAGAUCUGUCUGCGAAAAUAUGACACUUAGAGGGCGUAUCGCAGGGCCAGAUAUGGAUAGGGGCCUCAGUCGGCUAAGGUGUCUCUGGGAAUCCCUUUUUGACCAAGAAGGCGUAUCGCCGGAUACACCCCUUAGCUCAACAAGCCAUCAGACAGCAGGAAUCUUGUACGAUGUUGAAUUUCGCCUGGGGGAUAAAGCGCCAAAAACGAAGAUCUACAUGCCUGUCCAGCAUUAUGCACGCACUGACGCGCAGGUCAUAACGUCCGUGAGCAAAUUUAUGAACGCCCAGGGGAUCAAGCAUGGAGGGGCUGCAAAAAGGAAGAUCGGAUGUCCCGGGCGGGAACAGGCUCCUUCCGCGCGCCUUGGCCCAUCGUUGCCAACGCCUUCUUAUGCCGACGCUUUUAACGCAAUCUUUACCGAUGAAGCUAUACGUUCUAGCCGAGGCCGUCAUACUCGCGUAGCCUGCUCGAUAGAGGCCGGGGGCGCGUUAAGAGUUGUCUCGUAUGCCAAUCCGCAAGAAGGGAAGUUCAUCAGGCAUACACCACAACAGAGUUCCUAAUAAGAUCUCUAGGUAGGAUAUUAAAGAUAGGGAAACAUGUUUAUGGCAUUCCCGAAGAAGAGAAAACUCACUAGACAAGAAAUUGGUUGGUAUGAAGUUCCUUAGAUUAGUAAUGGACUAUUGCAAACGUAAAA